UUUAGGACUGAGAAGUAAACUAAUGGCGGAAGUUUGAAGAGAACACGUUGAGAUUAAAAACCCACUGCUUAAAAACAGCUGACCACUCUAUAUGAAGAAUUAUGGCCUAGGGUUGAGACCGACCAUUUUGACUUUUUCAUAUAUAUUUUACAAUGACAUGAUUUGAAAAGGUGAAGAGUUGACAGGAUCCAAAAAGAAAAUGAGUGCCAAAAAAAUGGUUGCUGACUCCACACAAGUGGACCCAGAUCCUCUGCUGGUCACCUCCAAACGCAAGAAAAGUUCACAAAAGAAGAAAAAACACCAGUCCAGUAAAAAGAAAAAAGGAACAAAAGUUGAAGAUGACGACUCAGAUCUUGAUCUAGAGAAAGACCUGUUUUCCAUUGGAACCUAUCUCAACAAUAGGCCAGAAAUGGUUGAACAAAUGUUUCAUAGCUUAAGAGGAGCCACCUUAAAAAGGCAUAUCCCUGAUAUUUUGAAGGAGAUGGCCAUCAAAGACCUGAAAGAAAAAUGUGUAGAACAAUUAGAAGUCAUGUCCAAAAAAAGAAUUAAAAGAAUAUUGGCAGGGGAUGACCCGGCCAGUAUAUCUUCAUCGGGGACUGAAGACGAGAAUAGUGACGGAGAAAGUAAUAAGCCAGAUCCCGAGGUUAAACGGACAUCAUCCGAGUUUGAUGACCACACCGUAGACUCAACUUCUCAGUCCUCGCCCACAACCCUAGGACAGACAGAGGGGGAGGUGGAAAUUGGAGUGACAGAGAACACUGAAAGACAACAGACAGAUGAAGAAGACGAGACAUGUUUGAGUGAAGCCCAGUCAGAAGAUGGGGACAGUCCUACAGAACAGGAUGCUGACCGGGAGGGAGAUGGAGGUGGGGAGGGGGAGCUCUCGGUGAACCAGAUGGAACUUCUGGAGCUGGAGAUGAGGGCCCGUGCCAUCAAAGCCAUGUUGUUAGCCCAGGAACAGCGCGAAAACCAGACCAACAGCUGACACUGCACCAAGACCAACAGCUGUCAUUGCACCAAGAGGAGUAACUCUUGCAAAGUCGUCCACCAUGGACAUGAACAAUUUUUCUUUGUGGUUUUUUAUUUAUAAUUUUUUUUUUACAUCAGAUUAACUGCCUUGUCUUCUAUUGUUGUUAGUUGUCCAUCAUAGAAUAUUUUCAUUUUUCUUCUCAAGAAAAUACCAGACCAUUUAGAGAAUGAAAGUGUUGUGUAAGGAUGAGGAACCCAAAAUAUUUUGGAUAAAAACUUUAAAGAUUUAUGCAUUAUCUUUUAAAAAUCUCUCUCUCUCUCUCUCUCUCUCUCCUACUGUCCAUCUCCUAUCCAUUGGUCUAAUAACCAAGCAAGGUUACCAAAAUUGUGAAAUUCAUAGUCCAUUGGUCUGGAAUCUGGUAUUUGGGUGGGGCUUCAGAGAUCCUAUAGAUGUAUUAAUGUUAUUCUAAAUAAAUCAUUCAGUGCACAUCAAGACAUUGGUAAGCAGAUUAAGCACAUAGUUAUAAUGAGGAAAGAGGCCUCGUCCCAAAUUGUUAGAUUCAUGAUUCUAGUUUGGUUAAUAGGGGCUCAGGUGUUUAGGCAGGACUAUAUUGGUCAUUUUAAGAAAAAUGCAAAAGAAAUCAUCUGUACCCUUAAGCAUCUAUGUAAUAGGGAAAGCCAGUACGUAUUUCAAACUAGCAAAAAGGCAUAUGUUGCCCAGUGAAUCCUCAUUUCUUUUAGAAGCAUAUCAUCCUUUAUCAGUUUACCUUCAUCAGGUUCAUAUGAUCAUUUAGGUCCACUGGCUUUUUGUGUUUUAUAAAGACAAAAAUUGUUGUCAAGAUUAUUAUGAAGUACUAUUAUUUGUUUUUGAUCAUAUUGGUAAAUAUAUUAUUUUUGAUGUAUGUUUAUAAUGUUGAAAUCCUUUAUUUUGAUAAUAAAAGCUUGGAAAAAUAA